AGGGUUCUCCCAGAAAUCGAAUCAUCAUGUUCUUUACAAUCUUAAUAGUAGGAUUUAUAUUAGUUGCAUUUGUGCUUCUCCUUCCAUACGUAUCUGGACUUACCAAAGUCGAGAUUGAUACUCAUAGACGUGCCAAAGACAAACAAAACCAAAAACAGAAAAGGACCGCCGCCGCAGAUGUGCCUGUUGAUCAAUUCGGAUAUGUUCCACCUGAUGAAAUUGAAUCCAAAGACGAAGAAGAUCAUUCAUUAAAAGCUCGAGCAUCUGCGCUUAAGGAAAAGCUUCAAGUUACUUCUGAAGAUAUGCCAAUUAAGAUUCAUUUAAACCAAGGUGAUAGUGCGGGAUUAAGGAGAAGAAAAGAGAAACUUGAUAUCGAUACCGAUCCAAAUAAGUAUGACUACGAUAUUGAUGAAUUGAUUGCUGAAGAGACUGAAACUGCUAGAAGAGAACAAGAGCAUGAUUUCUACAAGGACCAAGAUAUCGGUAGAGACAAGGAAGCAAUGGUGUAGUGUAUAUCAUUAUAAUAAAUGCAUCAUCAUCUUGU